AACAUUCGUAUGCGUGAACUGUCACUGACAUAACGAUUUUUUAUUUUCUUUGUUUCAUCUCGCAAUGUUGGCUACACACAGCAUCGCAGUCUGCUAUGUUACGAUAGUGGCAUUCGUAUCAGCGGCUCCGAAGGGAAUGUUAAAUGACACUGUCUUCAAGACUUGUGCGGAAACUUACAAGUUGCCUGCCAUGACCUUUGAUUCUCGUCACCCAAUGGAACCAAUACCUGACAACCCUGGCGAGGAUAUUAUGUGCUUCCAUGAAUGUCUUCUCACGGGUGAAGGAACGCUGAAGAAUGGAGUCUUUCAAGAAGAUGUUACAAAGGAGAGAUUUACAAUGGUGAUGACUGCAAAGAUGGGAUCAGUGAACCAGGAAGCUUUAGAUAAAGUCCUCGCUUGUGGAAAGAAAACUGCUGAAGGAAAAUGUGCAACAUCAUACGCUAUAUUCAAGUGCAUUGAUGACGUUUUGAUAUCUGUCUUCAAAGGCUCACCUCACUGAAGACAACACUGGACACGUGACACCAAAUGCUCGUCUGGAUCAGCCCGUCCAUCUUUUUUUUCUGCAUCUUUGUAACAAUCUUAAUAAAAGAAAUUUAAAUCAAAAGAUUAUUUGGUUUUCGUAAAUGAUCAACUAUCACAUCGUUGAAAGUUAACUGGGUAUAAUCAAUCGUUAUAAGCAAAAUUUUGCUAGUUUAUUCUUCACUAUUGUUUUAACAAGCUAAAUUCACUAAGAUUAGAAAAGUUAGUUUAAAAAGACCAGAUAUUGCAUGUCAUGGAACUCGCUUCGCUUGUACUUCUUAAACUAAAAUGUUAUAUUAGUUAUAUAUUAAGUUUCAUACAAUUAUUACAGGUGAUAAAUUAUUUCAUUUUUCAAUAGCUCUAUAUAAAAACACUGACUAUUACAGUUGUUUGUUACACUUAAAAUAAUUUUUCACAAUAUCUUGAAUUUCAUUUCGAAUACAAAAAACUGAAUUAAUGUGGACAUGAGAAUACACAAUGUAUUGAUGUAGUUCUGUGUUUUAUUUUCCUCAAUUUACUAUGGAGGUCAUCAAUAAAAAUGUAUUCAACAAUA